CACUGAGUGGCAGUGGUCAAAAUUUUGUUGAUAAAAAUUAGAUAAUAAAAUCUAAAUUAUGUUUAAGAACUUGACACGGUCAGUGCGCCACCUGACCUCGCGCGCACUCACGCAAUAUAAUUAUGCCACAAGCACCAGAAGCAGUGGCACCAGCAGCAGCAACCGCAGCAGCACCAGUGGAUGUGUAACAAAUUAUCCCGCUAAACCAUUUGUUGCCGUAACAAAGGCCGUGGAGGGAUGGGUGCAGAAGCUGGAGGACGCUGGCGUCCAUGACACCGAAUUCAAUUUGAAAUGCAUUGUGUCGCAUGUGCUGAAGCGUAAAUUUAACACCGUCCCUGACAACUUUUCCCAGCUGCAGUUCGAUCCGAAACAACUGGCAGAGUUUGAGCGGUUUCUGGAGGCCCGCUGUGCCCGCAUGCCGCUGCAGCACAUCAUCGGCGAAUGGGAUUUCAUGGACAUUACCUUAAAGACAGCGCCCUCUGUAUUCAUUCCACGGCCCGAGACGGAGGAGUUUGUGCGCCUGGUCAUUGUGAACUAUAAGGAUGUGAAGCAUGUGAAUAUGCUGGAGGUGGGCUGUGGCUCGGGCGCCAUGUCUCUGUCCAUGCUGCACGCACUGCCCCAGGUGGAGGCCACGGCCAUUGAACGAAGCCAGGCUGCCACAGUGCUGGCCGCGGAGAAUGCCAAGCUGUUGGGUCUUCAGAAGCGUUUCCAGGUGCACAAUCACACCAUGGAGGAGGACCAGUACUUGCCAGAGCAGCUCCAGGACAAAAAGUACGAUUUGAUCAUCUCAAAUCCGCCCUACGUGAAGACGGAAGAGUUUCAGUUUCUACAUCCCGAAGUGGUGGUGUAUGAGAACCUCAAUGCCUUGGAUGGUGGCUCAGAUGGUUUGAGGGUGGCUCGUCUGGUCUUUGAUCUCGCCUGCCGCCACUUGCAUUCCGGCGGCAAACUUUGGCUGGAGCUGGGCAACGAGCAUCCGCCGCUGGUCAAAACGAUAAUGCAUCUCAAGUACGAGGGUCGCCUCAACUUUGUGGGCAGCUAUUACGAUCAGUAUAAGCGCGAGAGAUUUGUCCAAAUUGAGAAGGUCUAGAGUACGGUUCUGGACAUUGGAUAGAACACGGCUUGGCCUUUGCUAGUGACCUGUUUAUGAAAUAAUUAAUGCAAUUACAAUUAGUCUAUGCCUAAGCCUUUAGCUGUGAUUUGAUUUAUAUUCACUCAACCUGUAAGCUGCC